GUCGGCAUCUACAGAAUCGUCCUCCACUGUUACACUCUCCAGUGCAUCGCCUACUACCCCUACAAUGACUACACCCUCCACGUCAGCAUCUACAGGAUCGUCGUCUACUAUUACACUUCCCACUGUGUCGACUUCAACGACAACCAGAACCUCACCAACAACACCGACAUUGCCUACACCAUCGUCUACACCCUCCACGUCGACAUCUACAGAAUCGUCCUCCACUGUUACACUCUCCAGUGCAUCGCCUACUACCCCUACAAUGACUACACCCUCCACGUCAGCAUCUACAGGAUCGUCGUCUACUAUUACAUUUCCCACUGUGUCGACUUCAACGACAACCAGAACCUCACCAACAACACCGACAACACGAUCGCCUACACCAUCGUCUACGCCCUCCACGUCGGCAUCUACAGGAUCGGCCUCCACUGUUACAAUUUCCACUGCAUCGCCUACUACCCCUACAAUGACUACACCCUCCACGUCAGCAUCUACAGGAUCGUCGUCUACUAUUACACUUCCCACUGUGUCGACUUCAACGACAACCAGAACCUCACCAACAACACCGACAACACCAUCGCCUACACCAUCGUCUACGCCCUCCACGUCGGCAUCUACAGAAUCGUCCUCCAUUGUUACACUCUCCACUGCAUCGCCUACUACCCCUACAAUGACUACACCCUCCACGUCAGCAUCUACAGGAUCGUCAUCUACUAUUACACUUCCCACUGUGUCGACUUCAACGACAACCAGAACCUCACCAACAACACCGACAACACCAUCGCCUACACCAUCGUUUACACCCUCCACGUCGGCAUCUACAGAAUCGUCCUCCACUGUUACACUUUCCACUGCAUCGCCUACUACCCCUACAAUGACUACACCCUCCACGUCAGCAUCUACAGGAUCGUCGUCUACUAUUACACUUCCCACUGUAUCGACUUCAACGACGCCCAGAACCUCACCAACAACACCGACAUUGCCUACACCAUCGUCUACACCCUCCACGAUCGUCGUCUACUAUUACACUUCCCACUGUGUCGACUUCAACGACAACCAGAACCUCACCAACAACACCGACAACACCAUCGCCUACACCAUCGUCUACACCCUCCACGAUCGUCGUCUACUAUUACACUUCCCACUGUAUCGACUUCAACGACGCCCAUAA